AUUGCGAGAAGCGUCUGCUCGACGAGGUAUUGUGAUGCUAUCUUUUGAUUGUUUGCAACUUUAUUUCUCUCUUUUUUUGGCCUAUUACACCUGCUAUGUAUUACUACUGUAUGCGCCUCCUGCUUAACAACAGCUUACUAUAUAGAGUACGCCUUUUUGCUCUACUGUCUGUCAAGCAAAUGAAGCAGCAAAAACGACAACAACGCAAGACGUCUUCAGCUUUAAACCGUCUUCGAGCCCACCUUUGUCGUUGCUAUCAACUCGUCGUCGCCGGCGAUCUUAUAACGAGUCGUCGUUGUCACCCAUGUCAUCAUCGUUGUCGUCGUGCAGCAAUAAUACCAGGCAACGCGGGGUUUCCAGUGCCGCUACCAGUGCUUCAGAAACACCACCUCAGCUCUUGUCAUCAAACUCAUCCAUAUCAUCGUCCUCCAUGUUCUCGGACGCUUCGUUCUAUUCGUCCUCGUCCUGCGAUGACAAGGAAACGUGCUCCGUAUUCCAUCGACCGCACCAUCAUUAUCAUCAUCACCAGCACCAUCAGAUGCUGCGUUCAUCGUCUUCGACAGACGCAACCAACCUUGUACAUAUCGCCUCAGCACUUUUCGCGUAAAUAAUUUCCACACUACCAUCACCAUUACUGUUAUUACUGUUCUAUCAACCAUUCCCUUCAAACGAUUACAACACGUUCCUCUUUCUUUUGAACAAUGUUGCACUCUCUUUGUUCUAUUAUCUUCU